AUGUAUUCAAUAACAAGAAGGGCCCUACUGCUGCCACGACACCGGAUUCAGCCUGUUUUGCGGCUCUACUCCGAAAUCGACUUCUCAAAGGAGAAACCCACGCCAUGGCAACUCGAGCACAUCCAAACGCGUUUGAUCGACACCACGCCCGACUUUUUUCGCUCGCGGAUAGACUAUACGUUCUACAAGCCGGAUGUUAUUUGCGAAGAUCAACUGACGGGCCGCACCUACGUCGGGCGAGAUCAAUUGAUGCGUUUGUUCGGCCUCUAUUCCGUCACGCUCAAAAUGAUUUGCCCGCAUAUCGAAAUGGAAUGUGUUGAUUGCCAUCCACAAAUCGAAGAUGGAACCGUACGGUUACGAUGGCGCGUCAAAUAUGUCUCUUGGCUGCGAGCCUUGACGAACCCUCGACUAUUCCGCUUCGACUAUAGGAUAAAGAACCUGAGCUGGUAUGAUGGCUAUUCGGUCUUCUACGCCGAUGGCAACGGAGAUGUCUACAAGACGACAAUACAGCGUUGCCGUAGAGACGAGUCGUAUCUGCUGAAGGGCGCAGAGAACAUCAAAAAGAAAAUCGAGAAUGUCGUCGCACCGAAGCCGGCUGGCACCGUCAAUUCUUCUACGUCGGAAGAAGAAAAGGCCAAGCAA